AAAUUCAAGACGACCGUUUUUCCCAAUAUAAUAACUGUAGUCUGUACUCUACUACUCCGACUUCUGAGUGCUCAGUACGUUACUACUUUGCUAUACUCAGUACUUUAUACUCGAGUUUCUAUUUAUUACGUAUUAUUUAUUAUUAAUAUAAAUCCGUCUUGCUUCAACUAUCUGCGUUACGUGAUAUUUAGAAAACCAUAACGUUUUUAAUAGAAUUGACGUUGAUGGAUUUAUAGUGCGCAUAGAAUCGAGCAAACUACGAUCCGUUGUCCGUUUCGACGCAAUAUGUAAUGACACAUCAUAUUUUUUAGACAGCCGUUUCGUUACGGACUUAUAAAAUAUAAAUACAAUGGCACAAAUUGCUAAAGACGACGUAGGUAACGUCCAUUUAUUGAACGAUUCGUGGAAACUAUGGUAUUGGAGAUUCAGUGGAACUGUGGUCCCGGACGUCAAUUGGACGGAUAAUUUGCACGGACUGUGCGAGUUUGACAGCGUUGAAAAAUUUUGGAGUAUUUUCAAUCAUAUUAAAAUGCCAAGUAUGUUAACGACUGGCUGUGAUUACUCUGUAUUUAAAUCAGAUAUAAAACCGAUGUGGGAAGACCCAUCUAAUAAGAAUGGUGGACGUUGGUUAAUAAAGGAUAGUGGACUAUUAGAUCAGUACUGGAUGGAUAUAUUGUUGAGUAUGAUUGGUGGAAUGUAUGAUCCUUACAACGAUAAUAUUUGUGGUAUUGUCUAUAAUAGGCGUCAAUACAGUAAAAUAUCUGUUUGGAUUUCUUCAUCUGACACAAAUAUUGUUAACGACAUUGGGUCAAAACUUAAGCAUUUCCUUGAUACAAAAGAAAAGUUGAAAUUUGAAAAACACAGUGAAUUUUUGAAGAAGAAAAUAAACUUGCACAAAAAAAAUUAUUUUGGCCAAAUGACGCAAACACAUAUUUAAAUUCAUUAUUUUAAAUUAAUAUAUUAACACAUAAUCUAUUUUAUUUUGAUAUAAGUUUUAAAAAGUUGUUACAAUUUAAAUGAUAAAGUCAAUGUAUUAAAAAUGUUAAUGCUAAUAAGUCGAAUAGCCCAUAAACCAUUUUAAUACUUCAGCAAUGAUACAAUCCUAUAGUAUAUUAUAUAAUUACAAGAAGUAAACAAAAUAUUGUUGAGAAA